AUGGCCCUCCGCUGUCCAGGAAGCACCUUCGUCUCUAUCGCUCGCCUCGUAAACUACCGUUGGUUUAUCUCCGAACGCGGGUACGCCAACAUUGUCCGCUCGCCGGGGGAUGAAGUAUGGGGUAUGAUCUACACCCUAACAUCGAAUGAUGAAGCAGCAUUGGAUAUAUACGAAGGAGUUCCACGUAAUUACGUGAAGGAGAUUCUACCGAUAGACUUACCCGAUGGCACGCCAUUGAUAGUAUUGGCGUAUAUGGACCAUCUGCACCUGGUCGAUGGGGUAGUUAAGACGGAGUAUAUCAACCGGAUGUCUUGUGGGAUUCAAGAUGCACGUAAAAAAGGGAUGCCCGUGUCUUAUGUGGAGAGGUACAUGUUGGAACCGCUAGCUUUGGGGUCUAGUUUUCUAGAUAUGGAUUCAAGGCCAGGAAGCAGUGGGGGUUUGUGUGUGAACCCCAAUUGA